GCAACAGUGACGAUACGACGAUAACGACGUCAUAUCCGGGAUAAACAUCAACAAGGAAGACUGGUCCCGAGCGAUGGAGGGCUCCAAGUCCUCUACCAGCACCACCAUGCAGGUCAGCUUUGUGUGUCAGCGGUGCAGUCAACCCCUGAAGCUGGACACCUCAUUCAACGUGCUGGACCGCGUCACCAUCCAGGAACUCAUUGCGCCUUUGGUGACCGUGACCCCAAGCAAACAGACGGACAACAACGAAGGAGAUCAUGCACCAGAGGAAACUUUUGUGGAAAGUAAGCAGGAUGGCAUAGCGAGGAAAUACAUCCCUCCUGCCAGGAUGAUGUCCACCGAGAGCGCCAACAGCUUUACUCUGAUUGGAGAGGCGUCUGACGGCGGCACCAUGGAGAACCUGAGCAGGAGGCUGAAGGUGACCAGCGACCUGUUUGACAUCAUGUCGGGCCAGACGGACGUGGACCACCCGCUGUGUGAGGAGUGUACUGACACCCUGCUGGACCACCUGGACAACCAGCUCAACAUCACCGAGAACGAGUGUCAGAACUACAAGCAGUGCCUGGAGCUGCUGUCGGAGCUGCAGGUGGAGGAGGAGGAGAGCCUGCUGGCGGAGCUGCGCCAGCUGAAGGAGGGGGAGGAGGUGCUGGUGCAGGAGCUGGAGGCGGUGGAGGAGCAGCGGGCCGCCGUGGCCCAGGAGCUGGCCCAGGGCCGGAGCCACUCCCAGCAGCUGGAAACCGAGGAGCUCCAGUACCAGAAGGAGUACAGUGAGUUCAAGCGGCAGCAGCUGGAGCUGGACGACGAGCUGAAGAGCGUGGACAACCAGAUGCGCUACUGCCAGGUCCAGCUGGACCGCCUCAAGAAGACCAACGUGUUUAACGCCACCUUCCACAUCUGGCACAGCGGUCAGUUCGGCACCAUCAACAACUUCCGCCUGGGCCGGCUGCCCAGCGUCCCGGUGGAGUGGAACGAGAUCAACGCCGCCUGGGGCCAGACGGUGCUGCUGCUGCACGCCCUGGCCAACAAGAUGGGCCUCAGCUUCCAGAGGUAUCGUCUCGUACCCUAUGGGAACCACUCCUACCUGGAGAGUCUGACGGACAAAUCAAAGGAGCUGCCGUUGUACUGCUCCGGGGGCCUGCGCUUCUUCUGGGACAACAAGUUUGACCACGCCAUGGUGGCCUUCCUGGAUUGCGUGCAGCAGUUCAAGGAGGAGGUGGAGAAAGGGGACACAGGCUUCUGUCUGCCGUACAGGAUGGACGUGGAGAAAGGUAAGAUCGAGGACACGGGGGGCAGUGGGGGCUCCUACUCCAUCAAGACCCAGUUCAAUUCUGAGGAGCAGUGGACCAAGGCCCUCAAGUUCAUGCUGACCAACCUCAAGUGGGGCCUGGCCUGGGUCUCCUCCCAGUUCUACAACCGCUAGAGCUCCAACUAAUGGGCCCUGCUGCUUCCACACGGCAUUGGAUUCCCUGAUUUCCAGGCUUUUACCUAAGACCAGUUCUGGCCAAUUACGUGCCUAGGAGGCCCCUUCUACAAUAUUAACCAAUCACUUCACCCGUCAUCUAAUGACAAGCUCCUCCCUCUGAAGCUGAAAGUAACUGGGCUAGUUAUGAGGCGAUUCAGCUGGUGUAGUCAUCAACGGGAACGUAAAUAUGCGCUUCGUGGCUCAGGACUGGCUGUGAUGGAGUGAGUCUAUCCAAUGGGAGGAAGGAGAGGUUUUUGCCUAGGAUGUGGAGGUGUUGCCCCUGGGUGUGCAUCUUAUCGUUUGAUAACAGUGUGUGUUGCAGUGUGGCCAUCAGCCAACCUUAGGUCAAGACUGUGUAUAAGAAUGCACCACAGACACCGAACCGAGUGACACAAUAAGUCUCAAGGUGUUGAAUUCAUGUACUCAUACAACUGUAGGCAAACACGUGUUUGUUUUCUGCAUAAUGGACUGUCGAGAUUUUCCCUGUCGAUUUCUGAUUGGCUGACAUGAGAUUUCACCAAAUUCAAUUCCCAGGUCAGUGGUGUUCAUUCAUUCUGUAAUAUAUUUCUGGUAAGAAAUCCUGGUCCCUGUCAAAUGUUAAAUCUCCAAAUUCAUCAGUUUCACAGCCAGUGAACUCAUUGUACAGUGAUGAAACUAGUCAGGAUUUGUACCAGUAUCUUUGUUUUACCUAGUCAUCUGCAGUGUUUUAAUGUGAACCGGGUAUUGGUGAAUAACUGAGAGAAGUCCCAUGUUAGACAGCAGCAAUGUACGAUUUGCAAUAAAUAAGAUGUUAUAUAAUCCCAUGGUUUGCAUAUUGAUUCGCGGUAUGAGUAAUAACAAAUCAUGAAUCCUAUAGCGUUGAAAUAUGAUAGUUUCAGGUUAAACUCUGACGAUAUGGAUCACGAUAUUUCUUUCCAAGAAAAUAAUUAACAGAGCUAUCCUUAAUAUUGUUAUUUGGAAAUAUUUUAUUUUGUAACGUACUCUGACGUACACACUGGGGAAAGAACCUGGAACUUGCAGUGUGUGUUUGGCCAGAAGAGGGAAGCAGUGAGUUACAUAAAACUAAAUCUGGAGAAGUUCCCCACACCGGCACAGGAUAACGCGAUGACAUGAUGAAAUUUAUUUUUUCUUGAACGUUUUUAUAAAUAACAACCCUUUUUCUGUUAAUCUGAUUUUCAGAAUAACAUUGAACACCUGGUCCUGAUCAAAUCCUGUGGGUUUAGUUUUAUGGACAAUAAAAGGGUAAUUUCUCCAAAAACAACACGUGAAAAAUGUAUGAUCCACAUCAACGAACCGUUGGAGUUCCAGUCGCUGAGCUGAGGCCUCGUGAUUACUGGAGAGCAUUCAUCAUUUUAACAGACUUCUACUUUUCAGUAUGGGAUAGGGGGUGUUGUCUCAAGGUGAACCGGCCAAACUCCAGCUGCAAAUGAAUCACAACCGACUGGCAGAUUCAGUGUUUAAGUCUUUAAUCGUGGGCUUUGAGAUUUUAUGGCAUGUUUUCUUUUUCAGAAAAAAAAACAACAGAAAGAAAAUAUAUGGCGACCCCAAGGGUAUGUUGUUUUCGUUCCUAAGGACUAAGGAAUGCUCGCUAGUCUGAGUGAAACCAUUAAAACGGUUAGAUCUAUUUUUGGUAUUAAUAAGUCAGCAGUCCACUAUCCUCAUAUUUGGGAUCACGACUCCUCGACAUUCAAAGAAGAAUCAUGGGCCUUAUUCCCCUUAUUCAACUUUGGUCCAUCCUGUUCUUUUCUUUUUUUUUUGCUUUUUCACACGGGCUAUAUAAAGGUGGACACCACAGGGAAAAAAUAUACUUUUUUACUACUGUUGGGAUUAUAGGCUACCAAUCACAUAAGGUAAACAAAGUAGUUGUCACAUUGAUAAUGGUUGCACACGCCCACAUUCCUGUCUCUCAAAUAAUUGUCGGUCAUGUUGAUUGUUUGUUGAAUGGUGCAUCGCUUUAAAUGUUCCGAGCAUAAGUAAUAUGUGACGGCAUUAUCUCCAUUCUUUACAGAAAGGACGGUCCAGUGUAAUCUAGGCUAAAGGAGAUAGGAAAGGAAACAUUGAAGCACGUUUCCUUUGUAUUAGGCAAAUGCUAAGGGGGUCUAGGUCUUAUCAUGGCUGCCACUCAGAUACUUCUGGGUAAUUUCAGUCAGUUAGGAUCCUUCUCAACAAAAUAAGACUUCAGAUCGCAGCCCGUACUUUGACACAUGAUCGGAAACAUACUAUGUGGUUAUUAAUCACAGGGAAUUUCUUGCUCUGACUCACACACGAACGUGUGCCUAUCUGACAUCAGCAAAAGGAUGAAUCUUCCAAGAGAGGAAGGGAGGCAUCCAGAUGUGGUCCUUCCUGUUGUGACAGACGGUUUCAACACUAUGAGCAGUGAUUAAAGUUGGGUCCUUCACUGAAACUCGUCUGC